CAUUAAACCACAACUACCUAAUCACCUUAUAUUAAAACCUGUACCAUUUAAAAAAUGCAAGCAUGUGACUAAAUCUAUAAGAAAACAUCUUUAGCUGGAACCAUGUUUUCUCCACUGCUGUGCCAUCUUCAGUUGGGAUGUCGUGGCUGCUAGUGGUGAUACCCAGAAAGGUGGGAAAAUUGGCUUUCUCUCUAAUCGCUCAGAUUCUCGUUUUUUAUGUUUUUUUCCGGGUUGUGGCCAUAGACCGUGUAAGGUCCAUGUUUCCGGGAAAAUUCCAAUUGACGGAAAGAGUUUUUUUGGAGCCUAUUGUUAUGGCAAUGGAGAAGCAGAAACCAAAGUAUCUAUAAAGGAAAUCUGAUACCAGCUAAAGAUGUUUUCUUAUGGAUUCAGUCACAUGCUUGCAUUUUUUAAAUGGUACAGGUGUUAAUAUAAGGUGAUUAGGUAGUUGUGGUUUAAUGUAUUGUUAUGAUGCCGAUUGUUAUGGGUUAUAUUGUUUCAUUUUGGUUCAAAAAAAGAUAAUCGAUUACUAACCUCAAAGGAAACAAGAUACCGUUGAGGCACUGGCACGGCAUGAGAAGCCGCAUGAGAUUGAGCUGGCACAAUAGGAUGAGGCACAGGAAGAGCAACCUGAAAAGAUAACUGCUCUAUAAGCUUGAUUAAGUUUUUAUAAUUAAUGCAAAUAGUAUGAGCACAAAAAAAUUAUGGUUGAUGAGGAAUUGCAAGAAAGCAGUUUUUACUUACUCUAAAUGUCAAUUUGAACCUAAACUAAUAAAAUAAAAGAUUAAAACAAAUACGAGGAAUUGCGAGAGCAAUUUUUACCUUUUCAAAGUGCCAUUUUGAACUUGAAGUAAUGAAAUAAUAGAUUUACAAGUAACUGAGUUGCUGAUUCUUCAACGGAGGUGAUAGCUAUCCGUGAUUAUCAAUGGAAAAAAGUGAAGGCUUCUUCUUCUUCCCGCGCAGGAACACUGCCCCGUUCAUUUUCCAUUCCUCUCUCCAUGAUGACUUUGCAUCUCCCGUGUGGGAGGCACAAUGCACAGCCUUAUCAGAGGCAACCCAAAGUUACUUCAAGGAGACGGGGCGAAUUGACGUUUGAGAUGUGACACCAAACGUGCGCCUUUUUCACUUCAGGGGUGGAUCACCCAACAUUAUUGAAGAUUGAGACAAAAAAUCACUUACAAAGUACCCUUAAUUUUCUAGUAAUAACUCUCAGUCCUACACAUUAUUUGAUUUACAUUUUGGGCUACCCUCCUUAAUCCAAUAUUUUUAACCAAGAUCUAUAUUUCCCUCCAAAUGUGUUGCUUCCAACUUGGACAUCUUUGAUGGAGUCCUUGGAAAGAAAUACCUCUUACACUUUCUUCAAUUUGGAAUUAACAAAGCAAUUAUUAGGAGAAUAGACAUAUGGGGUCACCCCCUUCAAUAACACGCGACAUUUAAACGAACGACUAGACUUUGCAUGGCUUCCGACCAAUCUCAAAGCGUCUAUCAAAAACACGAUAAAAUCAUUGAGUUCCUAUGAUACCAAACCUAUUUUGGAUAUCAAUACACAAGAAAACCACCCCAUUUUAGCUUAUGGGGCAUCAAUGGUGUAAACACUACUCCAACUAAAAUGUUGUCGAGUACGAAAACUAUUUCAAUCUGAGCUCGAAAGUCAGUUCAAAUCUCAAUAUUACGGACACAAUGUAGCAAACAUGUAGGUUAAUGUUUUUUCAUAGUUAACUACAUGUUGGUUGUAAUGCCCCAAAAACAUUGAGAUCUAAACUAAUUUUUUAACCUAAGUUAAAAUUGUUUUAAUACUCGACAACAUCAUGAUUACAGCCGUGUUUACUCUAUUGACACUGCAAACACUGAAAUAAAAUGAUUCUCAUUUCUUGAUACUUAAGAUGUAUCUGG